GACUUCCACUUUGAUUUGAUUCAAUGCAAGCGGGUAGCGGUUGCAAUGCAAUCUGUAUAAAUAUUGCUCGAAUUAUCAUACAAAAAACAAAACCUUUAUAUUGAGAGGGUCCCACAUUAAGCAGAAAGAUGACUUUCUUCGAAGACACUUUAAUAAUCCUGAUUUCCCAGACGGUUUUCUUCGUAGGCGGUUGGAUAUUCUUCGUGAAACAACUGUUUCGCGACUAUGAAGUUCAUCACACGCUGGUGCAGUUAAUAUUUUCUGUGACCUUCGCAUUGAGCUGCACUAUGUUUGAAUUGAUUAUAUUUGAGAUCAUUGGAUACUUGGAUUCAAGUUCCCGCUACUUUCACUGGAACCUAGGGCUGUACUCCUUACUGUUCAUGGUGAUUGCCCUGCUACCAUUUUACAUUGCGUACUUCUGUAUCAGCAACAUCAGAUUUGUGUCCCAGAACAUGAUAAGGCCACUAACAGUAUUUGUGUGGUUCAUAUAUCUCUAUUUCUUCUGGAAAAUAGGUGAUCCAUUCCCUAUAUUGAGUCCAAAACAGGGUAUAUUUUCAAUAGAGCAAGGUGUGUCGCGAAUAGGCGUCAUUGGAGUGACUGUGAUGGCUCUCCUCUCUGGUUUUGGUGCUGUUAACUAUCCAUAUACCUCUAUGGCUAUAUUUAUAAGACCUGUAACCCAAGCCGAUGUCCUAUCAGUAGAGAAGAAAUUACUUCAAACAAUGGACAUGAUUCUAGUGAAAAAGAAAAGGAUAGCACUAGCGGAAGCUAACAACGUCGGAGGAAGACAGCAAUAUGGCUUGUUGGACCAAGCAAAUAAGAACAAGGGAUUUUGGACGAAUAUUUUAUCGAGUGUUGGCAGCAUCACCAACCCGCUUAGUCAUAGCUCAGAGAACAUAACCCAACUCCGCCAAGAGAUCGCCGCGCUCGAAGAGCUCAGUCGGCAGUUGUUCUUAGAAGCCCACGAUGCCAGAACGGCCCGGGAGAAGGCCGACUGGUCCAAAACGUUCCAGGGGAAGUACUUCAACUGUCUCGGUUACUUCUUCUCGCUCUACUGCAUUUGGAAGAUAUUCAUUUCAACGAUAAACAUAGUGUUUGACCGCGUGGGUAAGAAAGACCCGGUGACCCGCGGGCUAGAGCUGGUCGUCCAUUGGCUCGGGCUCAGCAUCGACGUGGCCUUCUGGUCCCAACACGUGUCCUUCAUCCUCGUCGGCUGCAUCGUGCUCACCAGCAUACGCGGCCUACUGCUCACUCUCACUAAGUUCUUCUACGCGAUAUCAUCAUCGAAGUCAUCCAACAUCAUCGUGCUAAUACUCGCUCAGAUCAUGGGCAUGUACUUCUGUUCAUCAGUUCUGUUGAUGCGAAUGAACAUGCCACCAGAGUAUCGCACCAUCAUCACUCAAGUGUUAGGUGACUUGCAGUUUAAUUUCUAUCACAGAUGGUUUGACGUAAUUUUUUUAGUUAGCGCGCUUACUAGUAUAUUCACGUUGUAUUUAGCGCAUAAGCAGCCUUCGGUCAGCUAGCUUGGUUGGUAGGUUUAGUUGCCUAUGUUACUUAUUUAUAAGUCAGCAGCAAAUGUUUUACUUAUGCGCUUAGAAAUUUCAGGAUAUGGGCUGUUAGCGUUAUGUGAAGAUUAUUUUGACUGUAAGAGUAAAUGAUAGCGACACUGACUAUGUAGAUAUUGUAGAUAGUUUGAGAAGCCACUGAACUGAAGUCUGGUUGAUAAUUUAUGUAAGUUUUUUGUACAGGUCCAAUAUAAUAUAAAAUCAAUUCAUACUGUUAGUUACUCAUACUUUGCAUAAUAUUUUUUCCUUAAUUUCACUUCGAUGCAAAAGCUACCAUAUAGCUAGCCCAUAAGAUUGAUUUUGUUAAGAUAAUUUUUCUUAGUGAUCCCAUAAAAUCGUAAGCUUAUUGAUCAGAGAUUACCGCAUUAUCAUCGGGCAAGUGCUAGGUAACUUGCAGUUUAACUUUUAUUAUCGUUACGAACGCUACGAUUAAGCAGUUUCAUUUGAUUUUAUAAAAGAAAGUGUGAGUCUGUACCAUAACAGUGCGAAUAUAAACAUUACAUGUUGACCGCGUAAUGUCUACUGACCUAAAGUGCCGUUAUAGUAGAAAAACACUAGAGUUACUUUCGUUAGUACAAGAUACUUAAAACUUAAAUUAAUACUGUACAUAUGAGUCUGAUAAGUCAUUUAAUUUAUGUUGUAUAAUAAUUAUUCUAAGAGUUCUGUUCUGCGUGAAAUACACGACGUAUCAUGAA